GUUCCACAAAUGGGUUGCAAGAAACAGCGAAUGAGUAUUAUUUUUUGAAGUGUGGAAAAUAAAUGAAACAUGGCGGACUCAGCGGGCAAUUGGUGUCUCAUUGAAAGCGAUCCUGGUGUUUUUACGGAGUUAAUAAAAGAAUUUGGCGUGCAAGGUGCCCAAGUGGAAGAAUUAUGGAGUUUGGAUGAUGACCAAUUUGAUAAUUUGAAGCCUAUACAUGGCUUGAUAUUUUUAUUCAAAUGGGUGCAAGAUGAUGAACCUUCAGGAAGUAUUGUUUUAGAUAAUAGACUGGACAAAAUAUUUUUUGCAAAACAGGUGAUUAAUAAUGCAUGUGCAACACAAGCAAUAUUAAGUGUACUAUUGAAUUGUAAACAUUCUGAUAUAUCAUUGGGACCAAAUUUGGAAGAAUUUAAAAAUUUUUGUCAAAGUUUUGAUGCAAAUAUGAGAGGGCUUGCUCUUAGUAAUUCUGAUGUAAUAAGAGAAGUACAUAAUUCUUUUUCAAGACAAACAUUAUUUGAAUAUGAUUCCAAACAUGCAUCUAAGGAUGAUGAUGUAUUUCACUUUGUUAGUUAUAUUCCUAUUGAUGGACGCUUAUAUGAAUUAGAUGGACUAAAAGAUGGACCAAUGGAUUUAGGUCCUUGUCCACUUGGAGAUCAAUGGGUUCAAGCAGCAAAACCCAUAAUACAAAAAAGAAUAAACAAAUAUAAUGAAGGAGAAAUACACUUUAAUUUAAUGGCUAUAGUAACCGAUAGAAAAGUACUGUAUGAACGACAAAAGGCCAAUGUUUGCGAUCCAGCAGAAUUGGAACGUUUACAGACGCUAAUAGAGAAAGAAAUUCGAAAAUCUAAAAGAUAUCAAAUCGAAAAUAUCAGACGGAAGCAUAAUUAUUUACCUUUAAUAAUGGAAUUGCUCAAAAUGCUUGCUAAAGAAGGUAAGCUUGUAUCUUUAUAUCAAAGAGCAAAAGAAAAGGCACAGGAGAAAGAAUCAAAGAAGUAUAAUAAAGUUUAA